CGUGGUGUGUAUUGAUGCGUGUGUGCCGAGGUGCAAGGGUUUGGCGGGUUUGGCGGGGUGGUCCUGCCUGGGGUGAGGCUGCAGAGCGCGUCGAGUGGUGUAGCAGUAGUUUGAUACCAGGGCGAGCAAAGUGGCAGCACUACCGCUGGCAAUAAAACACAACCUCUUCAGCGACAUGGUGGGAGGAGGCAAGCGACGAUACGGCGAGGGAAACAGGAAGAGGAGAGGGCGCGAUUGCAGCACGUCAUAAGCACCAGUACAGCUUGAUGAUCUGCGCCUCAGCACUUUCAUGCAGCCCAUGACUCUCCGUAGUAGCGGCGGGGAACACAGCAACGACGUAGCGCAUUACUGAGCAGCAUCAGCACCGUCAGCAGUACUACCGACACCCACAUCAGCAUCAACAGCUGAGGCAGCAGAGACGGCAUCGUAAGAGGAGAGUGAGAGGAUGCAGGGAGGACUGUGCUGGCGAGCAGGCGCCAUGGGCGUCUGGCUGCUGCUGAUGCUGCUACUGAACCUGCAGGAGACGGAGGGCGUGAGGAGCAUGGUGAGAGGAAGCCACGCCCGCGACCUCUCCCUCGGCAGCAACACCCUUCAGAGCCUGCAGACUUUGUGGCAGAAAGACAGCCAGGAGGAGGAGCCCCCCGCGCUCGAUCCCCGCAAAACCUGGGAUUUUUUCCUUCGCAACUCUGAGGCACAGAGUGUCAAAUCACGGAAGAAUCGCAUGAGAAACCGAAAGAACCGCAUCCCCAUGCCAAAGGAAGGCCCUCCCGGUCCCCCGGGGCGCCGGGGACCCGUAGGUCCCCCAGGAGCCCCGGGAGGGACUUUCACCACGCAGGAGAUGGAAGAGUACAUCAAGGACUUUCUGAGAGACUACUUGAGUCAAAACAACAGCUUGCCAAACGCGACGAGUCUGGAGUCAGGCGAGGGCCAGAGAUCGUCCCGGGCGGGUCGGGGCCGCGUAAAGGCUGCCUUCACCGCCAUUCUGCCACGCCCCCUCGUCCUCAACCCCUCUGGACUCUCAAUCGUCGACUCCUUCACCAUUACGUUCUCCCCGGGGGUAUUCGAACGGCGGAUGGUCCUGCAGCACGGCGGGUUCUCGGCGAUCAAGCGCGGCAUCUACCAGGUGGCCGCCUCCCUGGUGUUGCACCCUUACGGCCGCCCCAACAGCCCCCCGCUCGAACCGCCGCAAGACAUUAGCGUCUAUCUGUGCAUUACCACGUGCGCCAGGGACAGGCGUCGGCUGGAGUGGUCGGGAGGCCUGGGCGAGGGCUCGGUCACGGCGGUGCUGGUGGGCCACGUCGUCCUAAUGAGAGGUGACACGCUCCUUGUCGCCGUCGACAAUCCCACAAAGAGACCUCUGCAGGUGAGAACAGGAUCAAGCUUCUCGGCCGCGCUCAUCGGGACCUAAACACCUGCACCAGGAAGUUUUGCGCCGAGUUCCGCACCCAGAGGGCAACGAACUGGGUGCGUCAGAUGAAAUGUUCCUUGAGUGUGCAAGCGAAAACAAAAAAUAAGAUAAUACUAGUGAGGUGUGUCACAGAAAGUGUUUCUAUCAGCGGCAGCAUGUGAUGUAAAGAGGUGGACCACACUGCGUAUGUGAGAAAAGGCGCGGCAGAUCAUCACGCCUUGAGAAGCUCAUGAGCGGCGAGUGAGUGAGCUGCAAGAGUGACUACAAGACGGCCGCGUGUUGAUGUGGCGCCCUUGAAGAAAAAAAGACUGACGCUAUUAUACGUACUGAGGACCUUUAGAGGCCGCAAGCCAUAUCAGGCAGUUAUAAUUAAAACGUGGGUUAAAAGCUUUACGUAGAUGACAUGGAAUUAAAAAAAAAAAAUGUAUUUAUUUUGACGUGUGUUUGUGAGUAGCCCAGCGGUUGUCCCUGAGUGGGAUGUGUUUUUUGUGUGUUAGUGACAGUUUGGGUUAUUGUGACAUUCACGCUCGGAUAAAUGUAUCUCUCUCUCUCUCUCUCUCUCUCUCUCUCUCUCUCUCUCUCUCUCUCUCUCUCUCUCUCUCUCUCUCUCUCUCUCUCUCUCUCUCUCUCGCGGCGUGGUUGUGAGACGCCCUGCAGCCCCUGACCUUCUCCCUCUCCCUUUCCCACUCCCAGGCUCUGCACGCGGGUCACAGCUUCAUGUUCCUUCGGGAGCAUGAAGGACGUGAAUUUCUGCACAGAAGGCUAUUGUUAGCUCAGUGUUAGAGAAUAUUUUGUUCAGUGAGGCUCUAGGUUUCUGUCGUGUGAGUCUCUCUCUCUCUCUCUCUCUCUCUCUCUCUCUCUCUCUCUCUCUCUCUCUCUCUCUCUCUCUCUCUUAUAUUUAUGGUGCUUUCGUCCCUGCGCCCUGUACAAAGCUGCUUACAGUAUAUCUUGUCGGAGGAUGUUAUACUCUCGUAAACCAAGACCACGGAUUAGGACGAACGAUGCUCCUCGACAAACGCACUUCCUUUAGAUGUUUCACGUACAUUCCAGAGACGUAGGCAGUAUGCUGGAACAUUGUACUCUAACCCUGUCUCUGUCAUCAUUAAUCCUUCUCCUUCUCUUCUUCCUUCUUUUCUUCGUCCUCCUCCUCAAAUGUAUUUUAGCACGUUCAUGUAAAUAUUUAAAAGCGUUGUUCCCUGUGACAGUAUCUUCCUUCCUUGUACGUGUUCUUCAUUCAAUAGCCGUGAAGUUGUCUAUAUAAUAAAUGCGAAGUACAAUAGUUAUUAUUUGUGCCAA